AUGUUCUCCUCCUUCUUACGUUCUAUCCCCCAAAUCUCCAUAUUCCACAAUCCUUCCUCGCCGCCUUCAAAUGCUGCCCUUCAAUUACUCCGCACCGCGGUAUCCUCCCCGUAUCCUCCCACCAAAGCAACAAACCCCCCAUUGAAGUUCAAUCUGGAGGUGGUCGAAAACGCCCCUCCCACUUCCGACCAGCUCCGGACUAUCAUGUCGUACCUACCCGCUGACCCCUUAUCAACAGACGCACCCACACCAGCUAGUCUACUCUCUGCACACCCGACCGUGCACACCCGACCAACCAGCGCCGAGGGCGUGUUGCGCCUUGCCACCCAAAAUAUCAACGCGCUCAAGUGGCCGAUCGUUGUUGACUGGGAUGGUGGGAGAGCAGCGGUGGGCGAUGUCGAGGGUGUAAAGCGCAUUUUGGAGGAGCUCAGGAAAAAGCGGGACGGCGAGGUCGGCUCGGAGGUCGAGUCGAAACCAGGCGGGUGGUUUUCAUAG